GCUAUGCAGCUUCCUGUGGUAAGGUGCUACAAACCUGGAGGAGCCUAUCUCUCAAAGACCUUCCAUCUGUUAGUUGUUUUUGGACCGGUUAUUAGGUUUGACGGCACAGCAUGGCUUUCUCUUGGCCCCUGGGGAGAUAGGGACCCCAAAUUACCAGGGCUUGCUCUACUCACACCCUAGAAACCGUGCGGUUUGAUAUCUCUAAGUUAAGUAGAAUCUUUACUGGUGUCUCUUUGGGCCUGGUGGGGCUCCAUGAAGCCUAAAUCCUUGAGCUAGGGUUAGGCGAUUUGGCCCCUUUUACCCAAAUAUCACAUGUUAAAUCCCAUGGAUUGUCAAGCAUUGCAGCAAAAUAUUAGGGAGAGCGGAUUUUGACAUUUUGGUGUAGGAUUAGGCUGGAUGUGAAGUCUAUGGAGGUUGGCGCUCCAUGGUCCAUGGGUGUGUGUGUGUGUGCGCUGGUGCCCGGGCUUGGUUGCUGGUAGCAGGGGUGGGUGCAGGGUCUGAUGUGGAGACUCAGUGUUUCCCCUGGUUCUCAGGAGGCUUUACUUGGUACACCUGCAGCCACUUGCUGCACUCUUGAUUGCAUGAGCAGAAGGCAGCUGUAGGUACCUAACAUGCCAAUCAACGAAUGACUGAGGAGCAGUACUUAACAGCCCAGGACCAGAGCGGACUUCUUUCCCCUCCACUGUUCACACGGUAAGUUGUGAAGCUCUUAUGCAUCACGCUGGGAAAUGGGGCUCUGUUCCUGGCUUUGAGAUAUUAACACAGCUCGUGUUAUCGUAUCUUAUUUUUCAGAUUCUCAUAUCAACAUGGCGCCCCCAAAGCAUGUUUGUUGCCCACUCUGCCGUUCUGAAUUUACCUAUAUAGGCAGGCACCUAAGAAAUAGUCAUGGCAUUAAAAAUUCAGAAGAGCGAGAAAUAUUGAUCAAGUACAGUAGUGGGAGGGUCAAUAUUAGAAAAAUGCCCUGUCCAGUGGAGGGCUGCAGUUAUGCUAGCACAAGGCUGGACAGGCAUAUUGCUCAAGCUCACCCGGAGAUGGAGGGGGAGAGGAAAGCCCAGGUGAUAACUGAUUUGAAGUACCAGGUAACAGUGCACAUGCUGCGAGCUUUGAGCGCCACAAACCCGAGCCCUCCGAUGGUCUCACGUUUACACAUGGACCCAAUAGCAAGAGAGGAAGCAAAUCGGUAUCAUCCAACAUCAGAACCCCUUGAUGACGAACCAUCGCCUUUAUCCUGCAUCUCGUGCAAACAGCUUGAGGCAAAGAACCUGCAGCUUACAUCCGAUUUGGGGCAACUAAGAAAGAAAUUGCUGUACCAGCACAGAUGGGCUGAAAGGGCAAAAAAAACAAUCAAACGACUGGAAGAGGACCGCCAAAAGGCAUCCACAGCCCCGGUUCCAAGUGUGGACGUUGAUGCUCUGGUGAGGAGUGAAUCUUUCUCUCCUGAUGAAGAACAGCAGCACAUCAACAGACCUAAGUCAAAGGGGGAAACCCGGAGCACCCUCUGUUUGGCGAAAGCGUACCCCAAAUUCCCACCAAGCAUCUUGGAAUACAUCGCGGAAUAUUGGCAGCACCUCAAAGGCUCCCGUGGUCUGAGGAAAAGGAUUGAAAAUCAAAGAUCCAAAGUGGGUAGAAUCAUGGCUUUCCUUUCGUUUAUAACCAAGGGCCAGCCAAUCCUCCAGAAUUGGACUUUCCUUCCCAAUAUGUCCAGGAUAUACCAGUGGCCAGAGCAUCUGCAGAAUGGUGGAAAAGCGGAGAACACAGUGAAGACCUACCUGGUGAAUUUGUCCCAGUUCCUGGGCUACUUCAGGGACACUCCUCCAACUUCGUCAAGAGUUCCAAAAAGAGAAGUGUUUGCCGUGAUUCGUGCUAUCUCAGAGUGUAUUGCAAGCCUGGGUCCACGUGUUGUCAUGCGUCAGAUACGUAUAAAGAAAAAUAAGUUGAGCAGAACCAUCUCCAAGGACCAACUUCGCCUCUGCAAAGUCCUGGCCAGGAGACGCAUCCCUGAACUUCUUGAUGAACUGUCUGAGGACCCCAACCCGGAGGCGCGCAGGAGAUUCUACGGGUACCUCAGUGUUUACCUAGCAAGCCUCUAUGGACACCGCACCGGUGUUCUAAAGAAUAUGACUGUCUCCGAGGUUGAUGAAGCCCAGCAGGAAGCCACAGUCGGACAAGCGGGCUUUGUGAUCAAUGUGAAGGAACACAAAACCAACCGUGCGUUUGGCCCCGCACAGCUCUACUUAACUAUAGAGGAAUUCUCAUGGGUGGAGCAGUGGAUGAUCAUCAGACAGAAACUAAACCCACCCACAGACCUCCUUCUCUUCACCGAAAACUUCACAAACAUCGAGAAACUCAUCGUGCCGAUGCAAGCCGCCUGGCUUGACAUGGGUUUUCCUGGGCGUCCCACAUUCACAGACUUCCGAACAUCAAUAGCCACAUACGCAAGGAAUACUUUGUCACCAAGUGACCGGAUCAACAUUUCAAAGACCAUGUGUCAUGACACGCGGACAGCAGACAAAUUCUACGCGCUCCACCGCACCGCGUCAGAGCUGGCUCGGAUCCGUCAGAAUUUCGAGGCAGCCGUCAAGCCACCACGUACGACGGUACAUGACACCGCCGAACCUUCCCUCCUCUCCAUGUCAGAAUCAUCAGGUGAUGGUCUUGAGGAGGAAGCGGACUGCGCGCCUCCCACCCCGCCUGCCGGUCCUUCGCCCGGUGCUGUGCCGUCCUCACCAACAUCCAGUCAGGCCACAGGAUCAACAAGCCCUGAUCACGCUUCUGAGAGCGACGUUGACUACACUGUUGACAGCGAGUCUGACCACACUGUUGACAGCGAGUCUGACCACACUUCUGAGAGCGAGUCUGACCACACUUCUGAGAGCGAGUCUGACCACACUUCUGAAUACACUUCGGAGAGCGACCCUUCAUAUGAACCACGUAGAAGGACCCAACAACCCAGAAGAAAGAGACCAUUGUUUACCUACACGUUGAGAAAUAGACAACCAGGGUGCAGCCAAAGUGCACGUGUGCUGAGAUCCAGAAAAACAGUAAAAAAAAUAAUAAAAAAAUAAAUAAAUCAAUGGUGAUGUGUCUGUAUUUCCUUUCUGCUACAGUUUGGGUGAAAACAAUUAUUUAUCUUUAACAAAUUGUGUUCUUUAAGACAUUUCUCCAUUCAUUAUUCCUGGCAAAUAAAAUAAAAAAAUAAAACUUAUAAAGUCCCACCUCCAGCAUAGGGGGGGGUCUGUGUCACGCAGCUCUGCCCCAGAAUAGUGCGCCUUUGCUGGGCUAGUGACGCGUGAAAGCGCCCCUCUGGUCCUGGAAGUCCAGCAUGGGGUGGAUACGAAAUCAAUUGGAGUAGCCCUUCCGCACUGUACCAGGGGAACAAUUUUGGAAAAAAAAUAUUUUCUAAGUUCUCCAGCAUGGGGUGGAUACGAAAUCAACUGGAGUAGCUCAGGGAGAUACAAGGGUCUCGAGGGAUCCUGGGGCCUUACGCGAAAAAAAACCCUUCUGCAGGUUAAUAUGAAAUGCGCCACGCGGACAUGCAUGCAGCGUUUUUGGGUUAAUGUAGCCAGAGUAGGCCGCUGCGUGGAGCUCCAUGGUGCCUCUGGAGGAGCUGGGAGAUCCAUGGUGCACGCGGAGGUUAGGAGACCCAGAGCGGGCUGCUUCUGGUGCGGGGAGAUCCAUUCUGCACGCGGAGGUUAGGAGACCCAGAGCUAAAAUUAACAAAAGGAAUUAAUAGGAAUUAUUAUAAUAUUAAUGGUAAACGAAAAAAAAUAAAAAAACGUGUCCCACCUCCAGCAUAGGGGGGGGGUCUGUGUCACGCAGCUCUGCCCCAGAAUAGUGCGCCUUUGCUGGGCUAGUGACGCGUGAAAGCGCCCCUCUGGUCCUGGAAGUCCAGCAUGGGGUGGAUACGAAAUCAAUUGGAGUAGCCCUUCCGCACUGUACCAGGGGAACAAUUUUGGAAAA